AUGGCUUCGACGGCGGCAGCGACGACGAUGCCAGCGCCGGAUGCCGAUCAGGGUUUUGGCGCGACGGGUCCUCACCGCAGUUCGGGGUCGGUCGCGCCCUUUUUCGGGGUGUUGGCAAUGAUAAUGGUGCUGACAGUGGUGUCCUGCAUCAUCGGGCGGGCCUGCAGGUCGCAGGUGGAAGGCCCUGACGCGAGAUACGACUGCACGAAAUGCGGAUGGCCGGGCUCACGAUGGGCCCGGGGGCGUCUGCGGGGCGGCAGCGGUGUUGUGAGGGAAGCGAAGGCGGCGGUGGCGGCCGCGGAAUCGGAGUCGAAGGAAGGCAAGCAAUUAGCUUUGGAAUUGCCCCAGCCAUGA